AAGAAAGAGAGAAAUAAAGAAAUAAUUAUAAACAGAGUUACUAACUUGGAUCGUUCACAACAAUUGCAGCAAAUCAAAAGUUCUCUCACAUCAGCUCAAAACUCCACCACCAAAACCUUCUCCACUUUCAUCUUUUUCCUUCUUCCCAUCGCCCAUCCAAACCCUAGACGUUGAAGUAAUGGCGUAUAGGCAAAGCAUCAUAGCUCGAACAAGGUUGUUUUAUCAACAGCAGCAGCGAUUUGCCCCUUCAUUUUCACAUAUUAGUAGUAGCGAUCGCGAAGAAUCGCCUGCUAAAAGCAUUGGCAGGAAUUGUGAGAACCGCACCCAUUUUCUGAUAACCAGAAACAAUGCUGGCAAUUCCCUGCUAUCGGGAAAUGUUUCUCGACUUAUGCGAUCUGAGAUUCCGGCAGGCUAUGGACUGAUUUUCCACAGAAAUAUUUCAAAUGUGGGUUUGGACAUUGAGGUUCCUGCUGCGGAUUUGGAUGGCGUGAUUGAUGUGGUGGCUGAUAAGGCUUCCGAGGCAGCUCCGAUACUAAAUGAAGUUGCCAUUGCAGCGGCAGAUUCAUACGCUCCCGUGGCUGCCUACCAGUACUUGAUUGAUUAUGUGCACUGUUACACUGGAUUUGAAUGGUGGGCAUCGAUUGCCGCUGUAACUGUUUUGAUCCGUUUCAUUGAGCUUCCUUUUGUCAUACAUCGGCUGAAAUUCCCUCUCAAAAUUGAUGCUGGUAUAGGAGCACAACUUUCAGUAGCUUUACAAUCCGUCAGUAGCAAUGACUUGGAAAAGGCUCUCUUCAAUUUGAUAAAAGUACUUGCGAGCCUGGGCAAAGUUGUGAAAGAGGAAUUCAUGCGCCGUUACUUCUUUAAUGUAAAUAAGCUUCUUUUUUUCCUUGCUAUUUUAAACAUGGCGGAGAAUGUUCCCUCUUUCGUAACAGGCGGAACAUUAUGGCUUACAGAUUUAACAACUCCUGAUAGGUUGUAUCUUCCAAUCCUGUUGACAUUGACAUAUUGGAUUAGGAUAAAGGUGGAACCGUCAGUUUAUUUACGAGGUGCUACUCUUUCCAACACUGGGGCCGCGGUCGUAUCAGCAUCAGCGUUGUUCGAAUCAGCAUCAGCAUUGCUUGUCACUGUCAUUGCAGGGUUCCCCACGGCUUUCUACUGUUAUGCGAUUACUUCCAAUCUCUUCUCCAUAUCUUAUGGAAUCGUGAUGAGGAACCCUCUAGUUCAUAAAUCAUUGGGGCUAUCAAGGAUGCAACCUUGACUCAUCAAAAGAAGCGUUGAAUUUAAAGGCUUUGGGGCUUAUAGAGGAGUGGGAGCUCGUUGGUAUUUUAGCGCGCUUUUAGUAGUAUUAUACUAGCGGAAUAGUACAUGCGAUUAGGGUUGUAUACGAAUCAAAUAAUUUUGUUCGAUUCCGUAUUCGUGUUCGAAUUUUGAUAUUCGUAUUCGAAAAUUUACGAAUCGAAUCCAAAUACAAAUAAUAUUUUUGAUUCGAUUAGUUACCAAAUACAAAUUGAAAAUUUUGAUAUU